ACUUCUUCCAGCAGGUCCCCUUCAGUCAAGAUGUGGUCCUCAGCAGUCACUGCAGUGGGGGUGCUCAGCCUCCUGGCCUGGUCAGACCCCAGCCCUCUUCCGCGGUCCCAGGAAAGGGCAUCCAUUUUCUCUGACUUGACCCCAGAGGAACACAGGGCUGUCCGGACCUUCCUGAUGAGCCGCCCAGAACUGGAGCUAAAGCCCAGCACGGGGGGCUCGCUGGCCAAAAACAGCCUCUUCCUGGUAGAGCUUUUAGCCCCCAAGAAAAGCCAGGCCUUAAGCUACCUCGACUUGGGUGGCCGCCGACCCAGGCGCCGGGCCCGAGCGGUGGUGUUCCUCGGCACUGGCGACCAGCCCAGAGUCAUGGAGUACGUCGUGGGGCCGCUGCCCAUGCCGACCUUCUACCGGCCUUACGGCCGACCCGUGCCGUACACAGCCCGGCCGAUGACGCAGCUGGAGUAUGAGCUGCUCUAUUGCAGGCUGGGGGAGCUCCUGGCCCCUCUGGAACGGUUUCUGCAGGACAUCUCGGGAUUCGGCGUGGGCGACUGCGAGGACCGGUGCCUGACGUUCACGGACGUUGCACCCCGUGGCCUGGCAUCUGGGGAGCGGCGGACGUGGGUCAUGAUGCAGCGCUUCACGGAGGGCUAUUUCCUGCACCCGGUGGGCCUGGAAGUCCUCAUCAGCCACAGAGAGCUCGAUCCGCGCCUCUGGGCGGUGCAGAAGGUGUGGUACAACGGGCAGUACUUCGACAGCCCCGAGGAACUAGCCCAGCGAUAUGCGCAAGGCGCGGUGGCCACGGUCACCCUGCCUCCUCACCCAGAGCAGAGCUUCUACUCCACCUUUGUGCCGCGAGGGCACUUCACCGCCGGCCCUCCGAUCGACACGCACGGUGCCAAAGUGUGCGAGACGCAGGGCCGUCAUUUCCACCUGCAGGGCAGCCUGCUGGAGUACAGCGGCUGGAGCUUGGCUUUCCGGCUGCGCAGCUCCACUGGCCUGCAGCUCUUCGACGUGCGCUUCAAUGGCGAGCGCAUCGCUUACGAACUGAGCAUCCAGGAGGCCAUUGCCUUCUAUGGAGGCAACUCGCCCGCAGCCAUGCAGACCAAGUACAUCGAUGUUGGGUGGGGGAUGGGUGCCGUCACACAUGAACUGGCGCCCGGCAUCGACUGCCCCGAAGUGGCUGCCUUCGUGGAUGCCUACCACCAGUACGACGCCGACGGGCCGGUCCGCUUCCCCCGUGCCAUCUGCAUCUUUGAGCUGCCCACCGGAGUGCCAUUGAGGCGCCAUUUUGACAGCGACUUCCACGGUGGCUCCUACUUCUAUGGCGGCUUGGAGGGCCACGCGCUCGUGCUGCGCACCACGUCCACUGUGUACAACUAUGACUACAUCUGGGACUUCCUGCUCUUCCCCAACGGAGUGCUGGAGGCGAAGGUCCAUGCCACGGGCUACGUCCACGCCUCCUUCUACACGCCAGAGGGGAUCCGAUACGGCACCCGUAUCCAGGCCCACGUGCUGGGCAACGUCCACACUCACUUGGUCCAUUACAAGGUCGACUUGGACGUUGCAGGUGCCGGGAACAGCUUCGAGACGGUGGACAUCGCCUUCGAGAACAUCUCCCUCCCCUGGGAGCCCAGCCAGUGGCUAGUGCAGCCUUACCUGGAGCGCCAGCCGCGCCUGCGGGAGAGCCAGGCCGCCUUCCCCUUCGGCAAGCCGCUGCCGCGCUACCUCAUGGUCCGCAAUCCGGGCCAGCGGAACCGCUGGGGCCACCAGCGCAGCUACCGCAUCCAGCCCAGCUCCCACGCCAGCCGCGUCCUGCCGCGCAACUGGAAGGAGGAGAAGGGCGUCUCCUGGAGCAGGUACCACUUGGCCGUGACUCGGCACCACGAGAACGAGGACACCAGCAGCAGCCUCUACGCGCAGAACGAGCCCUGGGCGCCCAGCGUCGCCUUCGAGGACUUCCUCCGCAACGACGAGAGCCUGGAGAACCAGGACCUGGUGGCCUGGGUGACGGUGGGCUUCCUCCACAUCCCGCACGCGGAGGACGUGCCCAGCACGGCCACGCCUGGCAACGUGGUCGGCUUCUACCUGCGCCCCUUCAACUUCUUCGACGAGGACCCGUCGAUGGCGUCCAGGCGCACGGUCAUUGUGCGCCCGGUCAAGCCCGGCAGCAAGGAGGCGGUGCACGUCCAGCGCUGGACCCCCAACAGCCCCGGGCCCUGCGUCUCGGAAGAGGCCUUCCGCUACAACGGCACCUACAACCAGGCGUAGCUCAGCCUCCCAGAGGU